AUGAGGGCGUCACUCCCCUGUUUUCUGCCGGCGCUGCUGCUAUCACAGGUAUAUGCAGUAGGGUCAACACAAGCUCCCAUCAACGAUGAUCCAAUGACCGCCAUCGCCAGCAAUGUGGAUAACCAACAGUACUUGUUUCAAACUGCAGAGCCAGAACCUCGGCCGGUCAGUCAACGUGUUGUAAAUGCCUGGGAUAUUCUUCGAGCCACAAAACCUACCAAUCUUCACGCCGACAGGCCGACGGGGCUACUUGCAUACACCUUACACUAUGGUCGUGAGGCCUUUCGGUUGCUGUUUCUCAAUGGGCCCAUAUCUGAUGCAACAGAACGCAAAGUCAGUUCGAAUGUUUUAAGCGCAGUCGACGAGCUCAGAGCCGCUGUGGAGGAAGAGGAGGAUCCGGACGCCAUGUUUCUUCUGGCCGAGAUGAACUUCCACGGCAAUUUCACCUACCCGCGCAACUUCAGCGAAGCCUUCCUGUGGUACAACGAACUGGCAUGGUUGACUGGAAACAGCACGGCACAAUCCAUGGUUGGUUUCAUGUAUGCGACGGGCAUUGGCAAUGCGGUUGAACGCGACCAGGCAAAGGCGUUGAUGUACCAUGAAUUUGCCGCUGAGGGAGGAAACACACGAUCCGAAAUGACCCUUGCGUACCGCUAUCAUACAGGAAUCGGUGCACCCAAGAACUGCAAACACGCGAUUCUUUAUUAUAAGAGAGUGGCGGACAAGGCCAUUGAGCACUAUCGGUCUGGGCCGCCCGGGGGCCACGCCAUGAUUAGGGAAUCCUAUCGCUGGGCAGAAGAAGAGGGUGGUGUUUACGGAGAAGGUGCUAGUUUCUCGAGCUCUGGGCAUAACGCGCGGGACGCUGCCCACUCCGAUGAAGCAAGCGUUGAGGACCUGAUGGAGUAUUUGAACCUCCUGUCCCACAAGGGUGACUUAAAAGCAACCUUCAGCUUAGGAAAGAUGCACUACGAAGGUGCCCGUGGACUUCCUCGUAAUUUUCGACGAGCUAUGAAGUAUUUCAUGAUCGUUGCGAAGAAAUAUUGGGCUAAGGAUGGAUCUAUCAGUCCUAACCCAUCUGCAGGACUUGACAAACUAGCUGCCAAGGCGGCAGGACAUAUUGGUCUCAUGUACCUUCGUGGUGAGGGGGAUGAACAAAGCUUCCCAGCUGCUCUCGGUUGGUUCAGACGUGGCAUCGAAAAUGGAGACGCUCUUUGCCAGCACCAGAUGGGGCUGAUGUACCUCCAUGGCUAUGGAGUCCCUCAGGAUGCCUAUAAAGCGGCAUCAUACUUUAAGGUUGCAGCCGACCAGGACCUUCCCGCAUCAGAGACACGACUCGGCGCCCUCUUCUUGGAUCAAGGAGAUAUAGCGACCGCGACGCGAUACUUCGAUCUUGCCGCCCGUUGGGGAUGGAUGGAGGCUUACUACUACCUCGCUGAAAUGGCGCACUUUGGCGUUGGUCGACAACCACACUGCGGUGUCGCUGCGGCUUAUUAUAAAUUGGUCGCAGAGAAAGGUGAAGCGAUUCACUCAGCAUUCGUCGAGUCCAACGCUGCCUAUGAGGCUGGAGACAACGAGGCUGCUCUGGUUCCGGCCAUGAUGGCUGCCGAACAGGGCUAUGAACAUGCCCAAGCAAAUGUGGCAUUCAUACUUGACGAGCAGCGCUCUCUUUUCUCCCUGGAUUCCAUCCUGCCAUGGGCGAAGAAAACCCGGUCGUCCUUGAUGCGUAACACUGCACUAGCACUGAUAUAUUGGACCAGGUCGUCCAAGCAGGCCAACAUUGAUUCCUUGAUCAAGAUGGGUGACUAUUAUCUAGCUGGCAUGGGGACUGUGCUUGAUGCUGACAAGGCAUCGACCUGUUACCACAAUGCGGCCGAGGCAUACCACAGCGCACAAGCAUACUGGAAUCUGGGCUGGAUGCACGAGAAUGGCGUUGCGGUGCAGCAGGAUUUCCACAUGGCUAAGCGGUAUUAUGACCUAGCUCUUGAGACCAAUUCCGAGGCGUAUCUUCCAGUCAAGCUCAGCUUAAUGAAAUUGAGAGCCCGGGGAUACUGGAACCGCAUUACGAAUGGAGACAUCAAUCCGAUUCGUGAUGAUGAAGAUGUUCGACCUCGUCGUACCUUCAGAGAAUGGGUUCAGGCCUUUAUCGAGAACGAGGCGCAGUAUUAUGAUGCACUUUAUGAGGGACAGGAAAACGAUGAAGAAUAUGCUGGAUCACGAAGCCUGGACGGAGAACACGAGGAUGGGUACUACGAUGAUCUUGAAUUUGAUAUUGAUGAGGGCAUGUUGGAAGGUCUUCUUAUCGUCGGACUUGCAGCGACUCUCUUGGUGCUCGUCUACAUCCGCCAGCAACAGCAGCGUAAUCGUCAGAACCAAAAUGCCGCGAACCAGGGAGAUGGGAAUUUAAACAACGCAAACGCUAAUGUGAAUGACCGUGGAUUCUUCCCGCGUCCUGGCGAUCCGGAAUUUGGGCAAUGGGUAGCAGGAGGGGUUGGCCAUUGA